GCUUCUAGCUUGCAUAUUUUAUCAGCUUUAUCAAACCAUUGGUUAACCUUCAAAAAUGGAGGCCAAGAGGUUCAUUUCAACUAUCUUCUUUCUCUUCUUACUCUCAAAAUCCUACUCAUUGCCCCAUCCAAAGAAAGGAGCUCGAAUCCCCUGCAAAAGAUUAGCCUUUUAUUUCCACGACAUUAUCUACAACGGCAACAACGCCAAAAAUGCAACGUCUGCCAUAGUGGGUGCCCCAGCUUGGGCUAACAAAACCAUCUUGGCUGGCCAGAGCCAUUUUGGCGACAUGGUCGUGUUUGAUGACCCCAUUACACUAGACAACAAUCUUCAUUCAAAACCAGUAGGCCGUGCACAAGGGAUCUACAUCUAUGACAAGAAAGAGAUUUUCACAGCUUGGCUAGCUUUCUCCUUUGUUUUCAACUCCACCGAGCAUAAAGGAUCCAUUAACUUUGCUGGGGCUGAUCCACUGAUGAGCAAGACUAGGGAUAUUUCAGUGAUUGGUGGUACUGGAGAUUUCCUUAUGGCUAGAGGAGUAGCCACUUUGAUGACUGAUGCUUUUGAGGGUGAAGUUUAUUUCAGGCUUCGUGUUGAUAUUAAGUUGUAUGAGUGUUGGUAACGACAUGUCGUUUGUUAUCACCUUCUUCUGAUUCAACGUUUCCAUUGCCUAAAAGGUUGGAGGAAUUAAUGAAAUAAUUUUUAUUGUUUAUCUUUA